AUGUAUGCCGCCGUGGAUCAGGCGUUCUACUCGUUCACGCCGCCCAGAGCCGAGAGAGGACCACCGAGGCGGGGACGUGAGCGCCGUCCGAGAGCACCUCAGCGCGUCCCUCUCGCGCUUCGGCAGCAGCGUCGAGGGCCCCUACCGCGGCGAUUUCACGGAGAACUCCUGGGCUUGUCGAAGAUCUCCAAGUUCGACCACCUCGUCCACUACGCUGGCUCUUACUACUUGGCGGACCUCUUCAACCGCGCCCUGUCGAGCCACGUGUGGCGCCACGGGUUCCAGCCCGACCCUUUCGGGGCCACGCCGGGUGGGCGGCUUCGCGAGCUGCUGCGAGGCGGGUCCGUGGUCCAAACUGUCGAGGCCAUCACGGCGCUGUGCCCCGGUGCCGGGGGCUUCGCCGCCGAGGCCGUGCCCUUGGACGCCCUCGUGGAUACGCUCGGCGGCUGA